CGUGACUGUCACGUGACGCCAGGACCCCGCGUGUCCUCGCCCAGCAACCGUCUGCGUGCCUGCACGACGGUCGGCAACAUGAACGUCAUCUACCCUCUGGCCGUGCCGAAGGGGCGCAAGCUGCGCUGUGAGGUGUGCGAAGCCCCGGCCGAGCGGAUGUGCACGGCCUGCACUGUCACUUACUACUGUGGUGUGGUCCAUCAAAGAGCUGACUGGGGCAGCAUCCAUGAGAAGAUAUGUCAGCUCCUCAUUCCACUGCGCACGACUAUGCCCUUCUACAAUUCCGAGGAAGAGCGUCAGCAUGGCCUGCAGCAGCUGCAGCAGCGGCAGAAACAUUUGAUUGAGUUCUGCUACACGGUAGCCCAAAAAUAUAUUUUUGAAGGAAAAUAUGAAGAAGCUGUUCCAGCAGCUUUGCAUUCUCUCCGGUUCCGCAUGAACAUGCAUGGCCUGAGCUCAGUAGAGCUUGUGCCUGCUUACCUGCUGUUGUCGGAGGCUAGCCUUGGUCUGGGUCGGAUCAUCCAGGCUGAGGAAUAUCUAUCCCAAGCCCAGUGGACAGUCCUCAAGUCAACUGACUGCAGCCAUGCCACCCACUCUUUAUUGCACCGUAACCUGGGACUUCUCUAUAUGGCUAAGGAAAACUACGAGGAAGCCCGUUAUCAUCUAGCCAAUGAUAUAUAUUUUGCCAGUAGUGCGUUUGGAACAGAAGACGUCAGGACUUCAGGCGGCUACUUCCAAUUGGCUAAUGUCUUCCAAACCCUUAACAAGUUGGACGUGGCAGACACGCUGUACACAAAGGUGGCUGAUAUCUGGCAUAAAUAUUUGAAUAACCACUACCAAACCCUCUUACAGUCUCGCCUGCAACAAAUAGAUUUGCUGGGCAAGCAAGUUGAGAAUGACACUGGCCUGGAUGAAGCCCAGGAAGCAGAAGCCAUUCAGAUCCUGACUUCGAUCUUGAACUUUCAGGAAGUUACAUCUAACAAAGCCCCAGGAAAAACGGUCUUUGUCCUGAAAACCCUGGCCAUGCUUCACUUCCUGAUGAUGAAUUAUUCAAAGGCCGAGGAAUAUGCCCUGAAAGCCUUCAACCUAGCCAGAGAGCAGCUCAGUGUGCAGGAGCAAGACGACAUUGAGGAGUUACUGAAUCUCGUCUCAGCUGAAGAAUCUCAUCCUCCUUGACCGGAAGCACAACAUCAGGGGUCGGGGAAGGGGCUAUUGAAAGUCUUGGACACUCCUGCCUUCCACACCCGUGGAGGUAUAUGGGUUACUAGGAUGUCCCCCUUCCCCUGAGCGCUACACACACAGCUGUUAUUUUUCACCUUGCAGAGAGCAUGUGGGCAAGCAGGCAUAGAAAUUAGUAAAACUGACUUA